AACCUCCUAGGCCUUUCUCCAAGACUUCGCAAAAUCGACCACUGUGUUUGUAUGGAUCGACCUGCGCUGCGAGGAGAACCAAUCGUGAGGCUGUGCUGCCUGGAUGCGUCCCUCUUGCCCAGUAGUAGUACCGAGUGCAACAACGGGUGAAUCUUCCCUCACAGCUCGUCACGCCCAGCUGACCCUCCAAGCACGAGUGGGCAACUCAAGUAUGUACAAGAAGUCAGAUUCAGCUUCUGAUGUGUCAUGCAGCGUGCCAGCCAAGCGUGUCUUUCAGCCGGUGGCUGCAUUGCGUCUUGCGAUAAACUCACUCAGCUCGCCUAGAGCUCAAGUCAGCAGCUCAUCUCUCUUCGGUACGCCGUUACAUACUCGUACUAUGUGCAAUACUACUAGCAGCACAGCUGUGAUACUAGGAUACAGUAUCAUCAACAAGGCUACCGUGCUUCUGCAGCGCGGUGGAGCCGUCAACACGGCGUUUCUGUCGCUAGUCCCUUGCUGCUGGGGCUUGGCUCUCGAUGGCUAUCCAUCGUGGCCCUGCCUGUAAGGCUUAGGACCUCCCGUCGUCUUAGACAAGCU